GACUGUGGCUUAGUUCUCUUUGCAUUGCUAAGCAGGCAUGAGAAUUAGUGCGGACAUUAACGAUGUAUACACGCGUCAGAAUUCCAGGCUGUUCAACUCUAAGCAGUUCAGCCUUCAACGCUUUCCAUGUCUGAGGAGCGUAUUAAUGGUAUUGCCUCCUGGCUCGAAUCUCUGCUCGAGCCCUCGCGCAAGCUCCACGCCCGAUAGGCUGCCGCGCAAAGCACCAUCUCCAUGUUGA